AAGGAGGAGAGUUUAUUUUGACCUCACGAUGAAGAUAUUUUUCUUGCCUUUUUCCUAUCAUUUUUCCUUAUAACUCUCCAUUCCUUUCCUCCUUUUUACAACUUUUUCCGGGAACCCGCCGACGCCGACCAACCCGACGCCGGCGAGUUUUCCCACCUCUUUCCCCUUCUCCGAGGUUCCUCUGUUUUCAACUAUGCUCCUCACCGCAGGUUUUGUACAGUUUUAUUAUCUAUUUCAGGCCUCAAACCUACCAUGCAUUUUGUAACCAAAACUACGACAGGCAAUGCGUUGGUGGCAGAGCGCCUUUUCAUCUUCCUCCGGUUCGUCUUCCUCUUCCUCGUCAUGCUCCUCUUCCAAAGUAUACUCUGACGAUAGCCUCCUUGCCUCCGGUGGAGGCAUUCGUUACACCAUCAAAUCGGCUUUUUUCUUCGCCCGUAGGCGUCGACACGCUCGCGCGAAAAAACUCCAAAAUCUUACGGAAAAUGACGGUGAUGACUGGCGUUCUCACUGUUCCAACGAGAAUUUUCCGUCCAAAUGUUCCUCCGAUCGUCCGCCUCCGCAACCUUUGCCUUUGCCGGAGCUGCAUCUUGUGCUUCGCCACGAAUCCGAUGCGGUUUCGAAUGAACCCAAUGUACCAUUGCCAUCGCCCACAGACGCGCAUUUGCAUCAUAGAACUGGAGAGGAUUCUUCCAACGUUGAUACCCGUAAGGAUGGUGUAGCAUCCCAUGGGAGCAGAUUAUCAAGCCAAGAUGCUCGAAAGAAGAAAAAAGAGCACUUGGGAAGUCGCUUGUCUAGGAAGACACCUCAAAAGCUUCAUGUUGCUGAUAGAGUUUCUGAUAUCAGGAUCAGCGCACCCAUUAGUGCUCCUACAACUCCUUAUGCAAGUCCUGGACUCAGCCCACUAAAAGCUGGGGAUCUUUUAAAUCAUAAUUACAUGGCAUUCCCUGGUGCUUUUCAAGUUUGUUCUGCCCCGGAGAUGCCUCCAUCGGACAGACUUCAGUAUCCAGGUUUCUCUUACCAUGUUCUCCCGGAGAAAAAUGCUUUUAGUGUUGAUAAUUCUCCUCAUCACAGUCCAAGAGUAAGCCCACAGAGGAGUCGAAAGAUCACAAGUGGACCUGCAUCGCCCUUGCAUCAAUUAUUACCAAAUGAGAACUCAACAGCACGCCGUGAGAGUAGUGCGCAGGGAAAUGUCCAUCCACUACCACUUCCUCCUUUGGGUGCCACUCCUUCACACCCUACUUCCAUUCCACCAGUUCCCUCUAAUGCAGAGUUGACACCAAUCAAAGGCCAAUGGCAAAAGGGGAAACUUAUUGGGCGUGGGACAUUUGGAAGUGUAUAUGUCGCAUCAAACAGAGAAACUGGAGCUUUAUGUGCAAUGAAAGAAGUUGAAUUAUUACCAGAUGAUCCAAAAUCUGCAGAGAGCAUAAGGCAAUUAGAGCAGGAAAUUAAUGUUCUCAGUCAUCUCAAGCACCCAAAUAUUGUCCAGUAUUACGGCAGCGAAAUAGUUGGUGACCGAUUUUACAUUUAUCUGGAAUAUGUUCAUCCUGGUUCUAUCAAUAAAUUCAUCCGUGAUCAUUGUGAAACAAUUACAGAAUCCAUAGUACGAAAUUUUACUCGCCAUAUUCUCUGUGGAUUGGCUUACUUGCAUAGCAAAAAAACCAUUCACAGGGACAUAAAAGGGGCUAAUUUGCUUGUUGAUGCUUAUGGGGUCGUAAAGCUUGCAGAUUUUGGGAUGGCUAAGCAUCUCAAUGGCCAAGCUGCUAAUCUCUCCUUAAAGGGAAGUCCUUACUGGAUGGCUCCUGAGCUCUUGCAGUCAGUUAUGCAGACAGAUACUACCACUGAUCUCGCCUUUGCCACUGACAUAUGGAGUUUGGGUUGUACAGUAAUUGAAAUGCUGAACGGCAGACCACCUUGGAGUGAAUAUGAAGCAGCUGCAGCCAUGUUCAAGGUUCUAAAAGAUACGCCUCCAAUACCGGAAACAUUAUCACCUGAAGGGAAAGAUUUCUUGCGCUGUUGUUUCUGUAGGAACCCAGCGGAGAGGCCCUCGGCCAGCAUGUUAUUAGAGCAUCAAUUUAUGAGAGUCUCUCAUCAGCCAGAUGUACCUUCUUUCAUCAAACCAGUUGGUGUGAUACGAGUUAAAGAAAAGUUAAAUUCUCAAAAAGAGCAGACAACAUACAAUCUUGACCAAGGGCGUUUAUCACUAGAGAGGUAGCUCUUAAAAAAACUGUCAAUGGAAGGGAAAGUUAGAUUCCAAAUGGACUGCUUAUGCGAACACAUUCAUGAGAUGGACAUUUAUUCUUCUGUGCAAUUGGGACAGGCCAGCUGUGCAUCAUUGAAAUUCCAACUUAAUAUUAGAGCCCCAUCAUUUCGCUCGUUCAAAUCCCCUAUGGUCCUGUCCUCAUUUAAUCCCCAGCCUGCUCGGUGUAUAGCACUAUUGCAAAUGUAAAGUCAUUGCCAAAACUGGGUGCAACUACAAAAUCUCAACUGAUUUUGGGAUGGAAGUAGCAGUCAUUCUUUUUGGUUUCUCUUUCAACGAGAGCUGAACUUGUGAAUACAAUGGAGACCUCUAAAAUUGUGCUGUGUAGAUAGCUUGAAACCGAAAACUAAGUUGGAGCCAGUAGGUGCUCUGGCUUGUUGUCAAUAUUAACACCUCGAGAGGAACAUAGGUUUAUUAUCAUCCAGGGAAGUUUUUUCCUGCUGACCUUGGAGUUUAGAAGUAGAUUUUCUGUAAUGACUUCCAAAGCAGGAGAUUCAACAACAAUCAAAAGAAAAUGAAAUGCUUUGACAAAUUAUACAAUUCUUUAUUGAA